AUGAGACUGUCAGCUGCUAUAAUGGCCACCCCCAGUGUCCUGGCUUUUGAUGCUGAGGGUCGCGCCAUUGACUUUGCAGUCUGGGUCGAGGACCUGCAGCUGUACUUACUGUGCGAUGCGAUAGAUGAGGUUUCUCUCUUUGACUUUGUCUCUGGCGCUAUCCCUGCCCCUCCUGCUGAUGCUGACCCCACUGUUCGCUCCAAAUGGGCCACACGCGAUGCUGCUGCACGUCUUGCUGUGCGUCGCCACCUCCCUUCCUCCGAGCGUGCGCACUUUAGUCAGUGCAAGACCGCUCAGGCCUUGUACGACGCUGUAGUUGCGCGCUACUCCUCCCCUUCCUCCGCUACGCUGAGCCGCCUCAUGCUACCGUACCUCUUCCCUGACCUCGCUGCCUUUCCCACAGUCGCUGACCUCUUUACCCACCUCCGCGCUAGUGACACUCGCUACCGCGCUGCGCUUCCUGCUGACUUCCGCGCCGCAAACCCUCCUCCCAUGUACAUCACUCUCUACUUUCUAGUCACCCGUCUCCCUGAGUCCCUUCGUGCCGUUAGGGACCAGUUUCUCUCUGUCUGUCCCACCACCCUCACUGUCGACCUCCUUGAGAAGUCCCUGCUAGCGGCUGAGAAGAGUAUAGUCGCUGUAGGGGCCUCUCGUGGUGACCCUCGCACCCCCAUCUUUGAGGGGUCUUCUCCCUCCCCCCUGUUACCCUCUGUCGCCUCUGCUGCUGCGGCCGACCUCGUUGGUUUGGAGUCGGUCGGUGCGGCGUCUGCCCCCAGCGGUAGGCGCCGCUCAGGCAGGGGCAAGGGGGGCAAGGGAGCGGGUGGAGCUAGCGGGGGCAGUGGCGGAGGAGGUGGGGGCGGCGGGGGGAGUGGGGGUGGCGGUGGAGGUGGUGGCGGGAGUGGAGGUACUAGUGGCGGCAGUGGAGGCGGAGGUGGUGGCGGAGGUGGCGGUGGGAGCAGCGGGGGCGAGGGUGGCGGUGGCGGUGGUGGCGGCGGAGGCGGGGGUGGCGGUGGUGGAGGUGGUCGGAGUGGCUCGUCCCAGCGGAGCAGCACUGGGGGUGGUCAGCGCCAGCAGCAGCAGCAGCAGCGCUCUCGCGACAUCCCCGCCCCUCAGCAGCUCCGUGAGUGGUACUCGCAGCGUCAGCGUGGUGGGGCGUUCGGUCCCUGCACCUACGUCCUUCGCACCGGCGACCGCGCGGGUGAGCAGUGUGGGGGCACCCACACCGCCCGCCGCUGCUUUGCCCGCUUGACCGACGCUUGGCGCCAGCAGUUUCCGGAGGCCUCUGAGAUCCCCCGCUGGGGAGAGCUGUCUAGGGCUGGUGUAGCUAUCUUUGAUCUUGACUUUGAUGCUAUCCUUGCUGCCAUGUAUGCUGUGACUGUUAGUGAUGAGGGUGACUGUUACCGGUGUUUCCCGCCCGACCCGGGCAUUGGUACUGCUGUGUCAGGUGCCAGUGAGGCUGCUGCUCUAGGUGCCAGUGCGUCUGUGCUCUCAGGUACUAGUGAGUCUGCACUCUCAGGUACUGUGUCGGCUUCGGCCUCUCACACCUUCACCCUUGACUCUGGGGCGUCUCGCUCCUUCUUUCGGGACCGCACCACUCUCACGCCGCUUAGUCGGCCGGUUGCGGUGUCCCUGGCUGACCCCUCUGGGGGUCCUGUCCUGUCUUGUUUCUCCACAGUCCUCCCGUGUCCGGCGGCUCCCUCUGGCACCCUGACUUGUCUCUACCUCCCCUCGUUCUCUACAAACCUGGUGAGUGGUGCUGACCUACAGGAUGUGGGUGUCCACCAGUUCACUCCUGCUCGUCAGCGGGUGACACACUGCACAGAGGCCAGCAUAGGUCGCCACCUGGCUACGUUUACACGUCACCCAGGGUCGAGCCUGUACACACUGACCACUGCUUCUCCUCCAGGUGCUGAGUCUGGUAGAGUCCCUUCGUCUGGUCAGGUGUUUGCUGCAGCGUCCAGGUCUGGUCCUGAGUCUGCCCCCUGUUCGUGUCGCCGUCUGUCUCACGAGACCCUCCUCUGGCACCACCGCCUUGGCCACCCCUCUCUGCUUCGGCUCAGAGGCAUGGCCUCCCGUCUUCUUGUGUCUGGUCUCCCCCGGUCCCUCCCUCCCCUUCCUCAGGGCCCUGGCCCUGCCUGUGUCCCCUGUGUCGAGGGGCGCCAGCGUGCUGCCCCUCACUCCUCCCAGUUUCCUCCGAGAGAGGCUCCGUUGCAGACGCUUCACAUGGACGUGUGGGGUCCUGCCCGCGUCCGUGGACUCGGUCACGAGCGCUACUUCCUGUUGGUGGUUGACGACUACUCGCGUUACACCACAGUCUUCCCCUUGCACAGCAAGGGUGAUGUCACUGAGGUGCUGAUCGACUGGAUCCGCGCAGCUCGUCUCCAGCUCAGGCAGAGCUUUGGCUCGGACUUUCCUGUGUUGCGUCUGCACUCGGACAGAGGCGGAGAGUUCUCGUCUGGCCUUCUGCGUGCCUACUGUCGUGCGCGAGGCAUCCGCGAGACCUUCACGCUUUCGGACUCACCGCAGAAAAAUGGGAUUGCAGAGCGCCGCAUUGGCAUGGUCAUGGACGUCGCUCGUACGUCUAUGAUGCAUGCGGCUGCCCCCCAUUUUCUGUGGCCGUUUGCGGUCAGGUACGCGGCGCAUCAGAUCAACCUCCACCCCAGGGUCUCCAGGCCGGAGACCUCCCCAGCCCUGCUGUGGACGGGGAAGGUUGGUGAUGCGUCGGCGUUCCGGGUCUGGGGAUCUCGGGCGUUUGUCCGCGACUUGUCUGCGGACAAGCUGUCCCCUCGCGCUGCUCCCUGCGUCUUCCUGGGGUUCCCCCCCGACGCCCCUGGGUGGCAGUUCUACCACCCCACCUCUCGACGUGUUCUGUCCUCCCAGGACGUCACGUUCGACGAGUCGGUACCCUACUACCGCCUCUUCCCCUACCGCACUCCGUCCCUCCCCCCGCCCCCGCUCUUCUUGCCUGUCGAGGUCACUGGUGACUCUGGUCCUGCUGCGGGAGCUGAGCCUGGGGGUGCUGGGACUGGAGGUGCUACGCUUGGGGGUGCUGAGCCUGGGUGUGCGGAGUCUGGAGGUGCUGAGCCUGGGGGUGCUGAGCCUGGGGGUGCUGAGCCUGGGGGUACUGAGUCUGGGUGUGCUGAGCCUGGGGGUGCUGGGCCUGGGGGUGAUGAGCCUGGGGGUGCUGAGACUGGGGGUGCUCCGCCUGGAGGUGCUUUGCCUGAGGGUGCUGAGCCUGGAGGUUCUUCGCCUGGUGGUUCUCCGCCUGGAGGUGCUUCGUCUCGUCGAGAGCCACUCUCCCCACAGGAGCUUCGUGAGUGGUUUGCCCGGCGCUGGAGGCGUGCUGCUGGUGCUGGAGGUUCUUCGGCUGCAGAGGGUGCUGCUGCCGCGCGUCCCGGAGGUGCUCGUGCUGUGGGUGCUGGAGCUGCUGGGCCUGCGGGUUCUCCUGGAGCUGGUGCUGCUGAGGGUGUUGGCGCUGAGACUACCGCUGGCGGUCUGACUGGCGGUGCUCCUGGUGCUGCUGGGGGUUCCGGAGCUACUGGAGGUGCUGCUGGAGGUUCUGGAGCUACUGGAGGUGCUGCUAGAGGUGCUGCUGGAGCAAGUACUCCUGCUGGGGGUACUGGUGCUGUCCCUGCUUCACAGCUACCGCCUGCCUCCCCUUUGCCUGCUCCUUCUCCCUACGCUGGUCCGACUGGAGGUCUUACUGAGCGUCAGUCGGACUCUCUUCGUGCUGCCAGUCCUACUGUCACGCGUCUCCUUGCUACUGCUGUCACUGACCCUUCUUUCGAGUCUUCUGCUGCGUCUGCCCUUGUCACUGAGCUCGUCGACUUUGCUGCGCGCUGUCGUCUAGACUACGUUGCUAGUCUUGUCGCUGAGUCUGAGUCUACCUGUCCUCCGUCCGUCGGGGGUGAGUGUGCCCUUGGCACGGACGUCCUUGAGGACAGGCAGGAGGAGUUCCAGUGUCUGGCCGCCGCUUCACCUCAUCUCGCGUCUGUACUGCUAGCCCCUGAGGGAGACCCGGAUGCACUUGACAUCCCGACUCCGCGCUCUUACGCGGAGGCGAUAGAGGGUCCCUACUCCUCUCAGUGGCAGGCAGCUAUGGAUGCAGAGAUGGCUUCCUGGAAGUCCACAGGCACCUACGUUGACGCUGUUCCCCCUCCUGGGGCGAACAUCGUCAGUGGCAUGUGGAUCUUCAGGGUGAAGCGGCCGCCGGGUUCUCCGCCUGUCUUCAAGGCGCGUUACGUGGCUCGUGGUUUCAGUCAGCGGCAGGGAGUUGACUUCUUUCAGACCUUCUCCCCGACCCCGAAGAUGACCACUCUUCGGGUACUACUGCACGUCGCUGCUCACCGUGACUACGAGCUGCACUCUCUCGACUUCAGCACUGCUUUCUUGCUGGGCAGCCUGCACGAGGAGAUCUGGCUGCGCCGCCCUCCUGGCUUCACUGGGACUACGCUGGCGGCACUUGGGUUUGCUCCUUCUACUGCCGACCCGUCGCUGUUUCUGCGCACCGACACCUCUCUGCCGCCGUUCUACAUCCUCGUGUACGUCGACGACUUGGUCUUUGCCACAGCUGACACUGCUGGACUCGCCUACGUGAAGUCCGAGCUGCAGAAGAGACACACGUGCACUGAUCUGGGUGAGCUGCGCAGCUACCUUGGCUUGCAGAUCACCCGGGACAGAGCACGCCGCACCAUCACCCUGACUCAGUCACACAUGGUGCAGCAGGUCCUUCAGCGCUUCGGCUUCACGUACUCCUCGCCUCAGGCCACUCCUCUGCCUACUCGCCACUCGCUCUCAGCUUUGCCUUCGGAUGAGUCCGUAGAGUCGAGUGGCCCGUAUCCAGAGCUUGUCGACUGCCUCAUGUACCUGAUGACCUGCACACGACCUGACCUUGCAUACCCUCUUAGCAUUCUUGCACGCUAUGUUGCUCCUGGGAGACACCGACCAGAGCACAUGGUUGCAGCGAAGAGGGUGUUGCGCUACUUGUGCAGUACGUCGGGCAUGGGGCUAGUGCUUGGAGGGCGCAGUCCAGUGGUCCUCACUGGGCACGCGGACGCUUCUUGGGCUGACGACCAGGCUACACAGCGGUCGUCACAGGGUUACACCUUCAGUCUUGGUUCCGGCUCUGUUUCGUGGCGGGCUACCCGCUCGUCUUCUGUUCUCGGCUCCAGUUGUGAGGCUGAGAUCUACGCCGGGGCUAUGGCUGCACAGGAGCUUCGCUGGCUCACCUACCUGCUUACCGACCUUGGAGAGCCGCCUCGUUCUCCUCCAGUCCUGUACGUAGACAACAAGGCCAUGCUGGCCUUGUGUCGAGAGCAGCGACUGGAGCACAGGACAAAGCACAUUGCUCUCCGCUACUUUCUUGCGCGUGAGCUGCAGCAGCGUGGAUAG